CCUUGAACGACUUCACAUGUCGACACCCGGCAGGGCCACCUCGUGGCAAAAUCGUGGCCGAGAGGACUGAAAUAUUGGGGGCACAAUAAGUGGUCCGCCGAAGCGAUUCUUGAUCAAUCACUCAAGAUGCAAGUAUACCUCAGCCCAGACCACGGUUUGCCGAGAGUUAUCAUAUCAAACAGACUCUCUGCGAUCCUGUUGAACCGUAACACCAGGCGGUCGACAGGGUCCCAGUCAGGGCAUAUUCCGCAUAAUCGACACCGACUAUUUUCACAUGAGGGAGGCCAAACGAAUGAGAGCUACAUGGACAGCGAUCUGAAGCAGAACACAGCAUUGCCUCCUCAAUCAUCAGCAGCGAGUGCUCCAGACACGCCUGUGGCUCCCGAUUGUCAUCCCGCGGGGCCGGUCAUCAAAAAAAGUAAGCAAUCUUUAUCAGAAUCCCUGCUAUCUUGUCGCUGCGGAGCGCCACCAACACCACCACCACCACCACAAACCCAUGAAGAAGCAGGAAAGCCUCAUAACCCACACCUGCUGCCCCAGGAAUAACAAGACAGCGUUCGCUGGUGCAGUGGUGAUCCAGCUUGAAGCCUUUCUGCAUAUUCCCCCGAAAAGCUCUUCACUUUUCUUUUGCUCUUUCCCAAAACCACACCCCGACCCCAUUCUGUUCAUGCACUGCGACUGCAAGGCCUUCUUUUGUCCGUACUGAACAAGGGACCCAUCGCCCCUCUGCAAGGCCUUUCAGAAAGUUCCAU